CUCUCUGUGUGUGUGUGUGUGUGUGUGUGUGUGUGUGUGUGUGUGUGUUGCUAGAGGACAGGCGGCGGCGGCAGCAGCGGCGGUGGAUCGGCUCGUUUGUUUGCGGUCGACGCGGGGAGUUUGGCUUCUCCUCGGCGCGCUCUUCUUCUUCUUGUGCGCUCCUGGACGCGGAGGACUCGGGGAGGAAGCGAUCAUGGGUCCAUCAUCUUCAGCAUCAUCUUCAGCAGCAUCAGCACCAGCACUACCACCAGCAGCAGCAGCAGCAGCAGCAGCAGCGCACUUUACUUUCUUCUCUUCUCGGCGGCGCCGGAUCACGACGAGAGCGCACUAAAAUAAAACUCCCUUGGCUUUUGAUUUUUUUUUUUGGUUUUUUGUUUUCUUUCUUUUGUUUUUUACGCAUUUCGUUCGGGGAAACUUUUCUUCUUUUUACCAGUCAGUUAUUCAUCGCACAGAGUGUGGAAAUGGAAGUCCCAACUUUCCUGCUGUCGAGUCUUGCCCUGCUCUUCGUCGGAGGGGAUAUUUUCACCAGGGCCAUGCUGAGUGACAUUGGGGACUAUGUAGGUACAGACAUUGAGAUAUCCUGGUUACCUAAUCUGGAUGAUUUAAUGAAGGGCUAUGCCAGAAAUUUUCGCCCUGGGAUAGGAGGUCCACCAGUGAACGUGGCCAUGGCGAUCGAAGUGGCCAGCAUUGACCACAUCUCUGAAGCCAACAUGGAAUACACCAUGACCGUGUUCCUGCGGCAGAGCUGGCACGAUGACCGCCUGUCCUACAAUCACACCAACAAGACGCUGGGGCUGGACAGUAGAUUUGUGGACAAGCUGUGGCUUCCCGACACUUUCAUCGUCAACGCCAAAUCCGCUUGGUUCCACGAUGUCACCGUGGAGAACAAGCUGAUCCGUCUGCAGCCCAACGGAGUCAUUCUAUACAGCAGCAGGAUCACUUCGACUGUGGCGUGUGAUAUGGACCUGACCAAGUACCCCAUGGAUGAACAGGAGUGUAUGCUGGACCUGGAAAGCUACGGUUACUCCUCAGAGGACAUUGUGUAUCACUGGUCGGAGAGCCAGAGACACAUCCACGGCCUGGACAAACUGGAGCUCUCCCAGUUCACCAUCACUGACUACCGGUUUGUCACUGAGAUGAUGAACUUCAAAUCUGCGGGACGGUUUCCGCGACUCAGCCUUCGCUUCGAGCUGAGACGCAAUCGAGGCGUCUACAUCAUCCAGUCAUACAUGCCGUCGAUAUUGCUGGUUGCCAUGUCCUGGGUUUCUUUUUGGAUCAGCCAAUCAGCGGUCCCUGCUCGUGUAUCCUUAGGGAUCACGACCGUUCUCACCAUGACCACCCUGAUGGUAAGCGCCCGCUCCUCCCUGCCUCGAGCGUCGGCCAUCAAGGCGCUGGACGUCUACUUCUGGAUCUGCUACGUGUUUGUUUUCGCGGCGCUCAUCGAGUACGCCUUUGCUCACUACAACGCCGACUACCGACUCAAAGAGAAGGCCAAGGUGAAGGCCAACAAGCUCAGCUCUGAGUCCAUUGUGAAGAACGGCAAACAGGCCAUGGUUCUGUUUUCCCUGUCGGUCACCGGCAUGAACCAGAGCGUGAUGAUCUCAAACCGCCAGGGGCGGACCCAGCGCUCCAGCAGCGAAAUCCCAGGGGAGGGCGCCGGCGAGGAGCCUGAGCCAAGAAGGAGAAGGUCCAGGCAGACGGAGGAGGCCAAGGAGGAGAAGAAAUGCUGUUCCAAGUGCGUCUGCAAGCCCAUCGAUGCUGACACCAUCGACAUCUACGCCAGGGCUGUGUUCCCUUUCACUUUCGCCGUGGUGAACGUGAUCUACUGGGUGGCGUACACCAUGUGAGGAAGAGGCAGCAGUUCUGUACGAAUGGGCUGCCAUCCAGGACUGUAUAUAAGAAACUGCUGGAGCUGUGCCACUUCAAUGCUGGCCGACUGGCGCAGCUGAAAUAUACUGCAGGCCUCAGUUAAAAAAACAAACUUCAGAUGAAAUGAAGUGUUACGGCCUGUGAUUAUGGAAGUAUGCUAAUUGAUGGAAGUAGUUAUGAGUUUUGAAAGUAUUAACGGACUUCAUAUAUUUAGAUACAGACACAGAGACUCGUGUAAAGGCAAGGGACUGUGUUGCCUGCUGGAGGUUCACACACACAGUGAACAGUUUCACACGUCACCCUGUUAUAUGAACUGGACACAGGACGCAAACCAUCCCGCUUGAGUACCUGCAGCACCGACCACACGCUCCCAUCUCGCAAACACAAAUAAGCAUAGUUAGCUUAACUAACUCAAAGCCACAAUCUGGAGUGAACCGCCUGUUAUCUCGAAAAAAGCAAAAAAAGCGCCGCCCAAACCACAGGAUAACAAGAUGAGGUGUACUACUAUUCUGCAUGGCUGAUAACUCCCCCUCCUCCCCCCCUGCCAUCACCACUGCCACCCCCCCUCCCUUCCUCCUCUCUGUCCUUUGGUCCUCCACCCAUUUUUCUUUUUCGAUUCAUUUUUUCUUUUCUUUUUUUUGUUCGGGGCACUGUCUGGAGUGUCUUAUCUCCUUCUGCCAGUUCUGCCUGUUUCCUCACCAUUAAAGGACUUC